CAGAUCUGGGCAUAAAAAGAUUAGUGACGCAAAACUGAAAAGAGAGAGAGAGCAAGAUGGGAAAAGCUUCUACCUGCAAAGACGCGUUGCUGCCUUUAGUGCUGCUGUUGGGAGUCAUCGACGUGCUGGCUGGCCAGGCACCAUAUGCAUGUGAUCAAAGCAAUGCUACACUCGCAGCAUUCCCCUUUUGCAACACCUCCUUGGCAAUCACCGACCGAGUUGAAGACUAUGUUGCUCGCUUGACGCUCGAGGAAAAGAUAUCUCAGCUGAUCAACACUGCAACCGGGAUCCCCCGUCUCGGUGUUCCAAAGUACCAGUGGUGGCAAGAGGCUCUCCAUGGAGUCGCUUCCAGUCCCGGAGUACAAUUCGGAGGCUCUGUUCCAGCGGCUACCAGCUUUCCUAUGCCAAUCACCACAGCUGCGUCCUUCAACACCAGUCUCUUCUACGGAAUUGGCCAGGCUGUGUCCACGGAAGCCAGAGCAAUGCACAAUCUCGGCCAGUCAGGCCUCACUUUCUGGAGCCCCAACAUCAACAUAUAUCGAGAUCCGAGGUGGGGACGAGGCCAGGAGACGCCAGGAGAAGAUCCACUGCUCUCGAGUAACUUUGCAACUUAUUAUGUGCGAGGACUCCAGGAGUCGCAAGCCGGGAGUGAUAAACUGAAAGUGUCAGCUUGCUGCAAGCAUAUGACGGCUUACGACGUGGAUAACUGGCUUGGAACUGAUCGGUACCACUUCAAUGCAAUUGUGACCGAGCAGGACCUUGAAGAUACUUAUAAUGCUCCUUUCAAGAGCUGCGUCGAGGAUGGAGGAGUAAGCAGCGUUAUGUGCUCUUACAAUCGUCUCAACGGAGUCCCGACGUGUGCUGAUCACGAGCUCUUGACAACAACAGUCAGAGAGACCUGGAAACUCAAUGGAUAUAUAGUAUCUGACUGCGAUUCGUUGCAAGUAUUCUUUGACAACACCAACUAUGCAGCCACGGCAGAGGAUGCAGCCGCAGACGCAUUGUUAGCCGGUAAGAAUUUUCCUCCACCAAAGCUUUUUCACGAACUAAACAGCUUUCCAGGCUUGAACCUGAAUUGCGGAACCUUCCUGGCCAAGCACACACUGUCCGCAAUUCAGCAAAAGAAAGUCACUGAAGCAACCAUAAACCAAGCUCUCACGUACCUUGUUACGGUACAAAUGAGGCUGGGCCUAUAUGAUGGCGAUCCAAAAUCCCAAACAUAUGGCUCACUUGGAGCGAGCGAUGUCUGCACAAGCGAACAUCAGACACUUGCUCUUGAAGCCGCAAGACAAGGAAUGGUGCUCCUGAAGAACCUGGGAGCUCUUCCUUUAUCUACGAGCAAGAUCAAAAGCUUAGCAGUCGUUGGCCCACACGCAAAUGCAACUCGCGCUAUGAUUGGCAACUACGCAGGCAUACCUUGCAAAUACACGUCGCCUCUCCAAGCUUUCCAAAAGUACGCCCAAGUCUCCUACGCUCCCGGCUGCGCAAACGUUGCAUGCAGCUCGGACAGCUUGAUCAGUGGCGCCGUCUCAGCAGCGGCAGCAGCAGACGCUGUCGUAGUAGCAGUGGGACUAGAUCUCACCAUAGAAGCCGAGUCACUGGAUAGAACAAGCUUGCUUCUGCCGGGAAAGCAGCAAGAGCUCGUCUCCCAGGUGAUGCAAGCUGCAAAAGGACCAGUUGUGAUCGUCAUCUUGAGUGCCGGAGCAAUCGACAUACCUUUUGCGUUGAGUGACAGCCGGAUCGCAGGAAUUCUCUGGGCUGGUUAUCCCGGACAAGCUGGAGGAGCUGCAAUAGCCGAAGUUAUCUUUGGAGAUCAUAAUCCAAGUGGAAAGCUACCAGCAACUUGGUAUCCACAAAACUUCACCAGCAUUUCCAUGCUAGACAUGAACAUGCGACCAAAUGCUUCCACAGGCUAUCCAGGAAGAACGUAUCGAUUCUACACGGGACCAACCAUCUUCAAGUUCGGCGAUGGACUGAGCUACACUUCACUCUCGGCCAAAUUCAUCAAGGCACCCUCAUUCCUCUCAAUCCCCUCCACAGCGCCAAUGCAACCGUGCACUGGCCUCAAGAAAUCAUCCUCUUGCUUCCACCUCGACGCCACGGACGAGAAAUCGUGCGAGUCUCUCAAGAGCCAGGUCGCGAUUUCCGUCCGGAACAAGGGCGCCAUGGCGAUCAGCCACACGCUGAUGCUCUUCUCUACUCCUCCUAACGCAGGGAGCGAUGGCGUACCUCAGAGGCAGCUCGUCGGCUUCAAUAAGAUCCAGAUCGCGGGGGAUUCGAUUAGCAACCCCGUGAUCUUCGAUCUGGACCCCUGCCGCCACUUCGUCCACGCCGAUCCCGAUGGAAAGAAGCUCCUGCGCAGCGGCACACACGUCCUUACCGCCGGAAACGAGCAGCAUUCACUCCGACUUCUCGUACGACCCUAAAGCCCCAAACUUGAACAUCUUUAAAAUAUUAAACUUUCUAAAUUAAUCCAUUUAAA